AUGGAAUUUGGGAAGCGCCCAGACCCUAGCGCAGUAUUGGCAGAAGGAUUUAUUAAGAUCACCCAAAGGACAAGCUGUCCUUUUCCGUCCAGAUGCUCCUUCCAUCGCCCGGGGAGGGUGGCUGGGCGGGGGACGGUGGCGGAGAGGGGAGCGGGGACUCCGUCGGGCCAGUCUAGUGGAGGACUGCGCAGACUCGCCCCCGGGCCCGGUCGAAGCGACUCCGUGGGCGGGCGGGGGGCGGAGCCGGCGCGCCGGAGCCUCCUCCCGGGCGGCGGGGGCGGUCCCGUGGCCGCUUCUCACCGCCUUCCCUUUCUCCGGGAGGUGAUCUUCGAGGCCGAGUGUGGGGUGAGUCAAUGGGGCCUCCGCUCCGCCAGCGCCCGGGAAGCGCAAUUGCGCGCAGAGGGCGGCGGGCGCCGUGUGGGAAUCCCCGGGCGGCGGGCCGGGUCGGUCCCCCGCGCCGAAGCCGGUCGCGGGCCGGGCCUCGGAGGACCGUUCUGCCUCCGCCCAGGCGGCGGGGCCGGGCAGGGGGCCUGCGGAGGCCGAGCCCGGCGGGAGGCACCGGCUCAGUUGCGGGCGGCACCGCGGCGCUCCCAGGCGAGAUGCUGCCAGGUGGGAAUUCAGGGGUCGGCCCCCGAGGUCCCGCGUCGCGGUUCUAGAGUCGCCGCCAGCACCUCUCUCCCUGCCGGGAGAAUCAGCGUGAAGAAGCCCCUUCCUCCUUGGAGCCCUCUUUCCCCAGCGUUUCUACUGGGAAACCCAUUGCUGAUCCCAGCGUGGGACCUUCAGGGGCCGACGAGUGCUAUCAUGAGCACUUUCCCUUGUAGCUUUGUAAGCACCAUUUUAAGGAAAGAAUGUGUUCCAUUAUAUACCUUCAGACCUUCUCAAGCCUUCUCAUUGAUGUGCCUCUAAUAACUGCAGAAAGGGAACUUCAAGUGACCCCACUACAGGAUUCGCUGGGAUAACUGAGAAUGGCAUAUAAGUACACAGCGAGCCUCCAUUAAAAUCCCCCAUUGGAAAUUCUUAGGAAUUCUUUCAUGCUGCAUAACAAAGACUAAAUAAAACAAUUUCAGUCCCUUGCUUGUUAAAUUGAUUUCAUGUUUCCUUACUGUUUCAUGCCAGCCCUUGUUGUAAAACAGGUGAUACAGGACCAACCAGCAGGCAGCUCUUGCCCAGAGGCAGGGACACUGCUCUGGUAUGCUGUGUGGGUUCAGGGAGGAAGUGGCAGACUAGACAGCAAUUCCUCCCAGAGUCAGAAGAGAGGAGUACUGAUUUUGGAAACUCAGUGACAGAGAAGCAGAAGGUGGUGGGCAUGACUAAGAGAAAGGGCCAUUUAUUAGAGAUGGGGCCCUCUGUCCUUAGGAGAGCGUUGGUAUUAGUAGACCAAAGGGAGCUAGCAUGGGAGUGAG